AUGGCCUCUGGGGAGGACAGGAAGAACUUAAAGAUCUACUUUCAAUGUCCCCUGAUUGGUUUUGUCACCGGGCUAUUUGCUGGUUUCCUGGUGUUUUCUCUGGUUUGCUGCUUUUUCUACAGACCUCUCUUUAAGGUCCACUGUGAGCCUGAGAAUGACAAACUUGGGGAAAACCAGAAACAGAAUAAGGAAGGAAUUCAUACAGCCCAUCUCCUGCUCAACCACACAGGUUCUCGUCAGGAUGACACCCUGCAGUGGCAAGGGGAUCCGUCCCUGGGCCGCUCCUUCCUAUACGGGCUCAUUUUGGCCCAGGGUUCCUUGCAGACCCGGCGCAGUGGCAUUUACAGCAUCUAUGUCCAAGUGACUCUGGCCAAAUGCAUCCAGGGCAAUGACCCUGAGGAAGUCAAGGCUUCAACCUUGACCAUUGGCAUCCUUUCUGCUCAGAGCCGCCAUUCUAGCCUCCUCCGAAGACACUUCCAGGGCAGAUGUUCUCUGAGCGCCAGCCUCCAGGUGUAUCUCAGUCACCAGGACACCCUCUAUGUCAACCUGACAUAUCCCCUUGUGCCCUCGCCCAAUGCUGAUGAGACUUUCUUCGGAGCCUCUUGGCUGUGCCCUCCUCUUCCCGUAGAAUACUAAUCAUCCUGGACUUUGAGGAUAUUGUAACCCAGGCUAGGUGGAUUCCCUAACAGCUGCUGCCAAGGAAGAGACCAGAACAGUGGCUCCUGACUAAAUUCCCAGCCUUACUUCACCGCAUUCUUUGAGGGCAUCCUAAGUAGCAACCCAACUAAACUCUGUGCUUUUCCCUAAAAUUUGUUCUUAGAUUACCAGCCUCUGGGUUGUCAUGCAGGCUCUUCCUCUUGCCUGGUAUGGACUUUCUUCUUAGCUCUAGCUUUCAGAAUUCUUCUGAAUCUUUAAGGUUCAGCUCAAAGCACUAUCUCCCUUGUAAAGCCUUCCCUGAUUUCCUCAGCUAAAACCAGUCUGUCUUUUCAAAUUUUCCCCUAGCACCUCGAUUGAUCUCUUCUUUGUCACCCUCCCUUGGAACAUACCAAUCUGUGCACAAAAUGGUACACAGUAGAAUAUAAACUUCUUGGGGUCUGGAAACUCAGGAAUUGAGGCCAUUGUUUGAAUCUUUGUAUCUCCAGAACUUGAAUUUUAUGCAUAGUAGGAAUUUAAUAAAUUUUGAAUAUA